AUCGAACCCCAGUCAGUCAAACUUCGACUUCGACUUCGUCCUUCCUUUUUUCCUUACUCCUUCGCCCAGCACCCACCAACCCAACCCAUCUGCGAACUUCGAAAUCUCAGCCAUUUCGACAAUUCGACAAAUCCUUCAAGAUGGCGGACGCCGAUACUCCCGUUACUCUGCGGACUCGCAAGUUCAUCCGCAACCCUCUCCUGGGUCGCAAGCAGAUGGUCGUUGACAUCCUGCACCCCAACCGUCCCAACAUCGCCAAGGACGAGCUCCGCGACAAGCUGGCUGGCCUGUACAAGGCCGGCAAGGACCAGGUCUCCGUCUUCGGUCUGCGCACUCAGUUCGGUGGCGGCAAGACCACUGGCUUUGCCCUCGUCUACGACUCGCCUGAGGCCAUGAAGAAGUUCGAGCCUCACUACCGCCUGGUCCGUGUUGGCCUGGCUAAGAAGAUCGAGAAGGCUAGCAGGCAGCAGCGCAAGCAGCGCAAGAACCGACAGAAGACCCUCCGCGGCACUGCCAAGGUCAAGGGUGCCAAGGCCAAGAAGGAGAAAUAAGCGACUCGCCCCCCUCUUCCCCUCUCACGACCUCGUCUUACCGACACUGCCAAUUCCCCGUUCCCUACUGCUUCUUAUCCAUCCCGAAGCAUGUCGGUUCUCGAGUUGGUACUUGGUCGGGCUUUGCGAGGGCUGUACUGGCUUUGGUUGGCAGGUGUAUGCACAGGCAGGAAGGCAGGCGGGCCGGCAGAGUGAGGAUAUACACCCGAGACGCAUCAUCGCCCGUGAUGCUGCGUUUUCGAAAAUUCGACAUGACAUGAUGCACUACCACAUGAGGUCUUGUUCGGCAACACCCACACAAAAGAGAUUCUGUUUUUUGAGGUCAUGGCGUCGUGAACACGGAUGGGACUGCGGUGGUUAUAUGAUCAAUCAUAGCAUCAAAACAAAUAAAGCACUCGCAUGCGCCGCCAUUCUUUCGAC